AUGGUUGAAGCUGUCGCUGAUAUUGGUCUCAUUGGUUUGGCUGUCAUGGGUCAAAACCUUAUUUUGAACAUGAAUGAUCACGGUUAUACCGUUUGCGCCUUCAACCGUACCACCUCCAAGGUUGACGACUUCUUGAACGGUGCUGCUAAGGGUACCAACAUUGUUGGUGCUCAUUCUGUUGAAGAACUCUGCGCCAAGUUGAAGCGUCCUAGAAAGGUUAUGUUGCUUGUCAAGGCUGGUGCUGCUGUUGAUGCUUUCAUUCAACAAUUAUUGCCUCAUCUCGAAGAAGGUGAUAUCAUCAUCGAUGGUGGUAACUCUCACUUCCCCGAUUCCAUUCGUCGCUGCAAGGAAUUAGAAGAAAAGGGUAUUCUCUUUGUCGGUUCUGGUGUUUCUGGUGGUGAAGAGGGCGCCCGUUAUGGUCCUUCUUUGAUGCCCGGUGGUAACCCCAAAGCCUGGCCUCACAUCAAGAAUAUCUUCCAAGAUAUUGCCGCUAAGGCUCCUGAUGGUGCUCCCUGUUGUGAAUGGGUCGGUGAAUCCGGUGCCGGUCAUUAUGUCAAGAUGGUCCACAAUGGUAUUGAAUAUGGUGACAUGCAAUUGAUCUGUGAAGUCUACCAAAUCAUGAAGGAAGGUCUCGGUAUGACCCACGAAGAAAUGGCCAAUACCUUCGAAGAAUGGAACAAGCAUGAAUUAGAUUCUUUCUUGAUUGAAAUCACUCGUGAUAUUCUCAAGUUCAAGGAUACCGACGGUACUCCCCUUGUCGAAAAGAUCCUCGAUACUGCUGGUCAAAAGGGUACUGGUAAAUGGACUGGUAUCGACUCUCUCGACCGUGGUAUCCCUGUUACCUUGAUUGGUGAAGCUGUCUAUUCUCGUUGUCUUUCUUCACUCAAGGACGAACGUGUUCGCGCUUCCAAAAUUUUGGCCGGCCCCAAGGACGUCAAGUUCCAAGGUGACAAGAAGAAGUUUAUUGACCAACUUGGUCAAGCUCUUUAUGCUGCCAAGAUCGUUUCUUAUGCUCAAGGUUUCAUGUUGAUGCGUCAAGCUGGUAAGGAUUAUAACUGGAAGUUGAACUUUGCUGGUAUUGCUUUGAUGUGGCGUGGUGGUUGUAUCAUUCGUUCUGUUUUCUUGGGUAAGAUCAAGGACGCUUAUACCAACAAUCCCGAACUUGAAAACUUGUUGUUCGAUCCCUUCUUCCAAAAGGCUACUGCUGAUGCUCAAGAUUCUUGGAGAUCUGUUCUUGCUGAUGCCAUCAAGAUGGGUAUCCCUACUCCUGCCCUCUCCACUGCUUUGAACUUCUAUGAUGGUCUUCGUCACGAAAAGCUCCCUGCUAACCUUCUUCAAGCUCAACGUGAUUACUUUGGUGCCCACACUUAUGAACUUUUGGAUGCUCCUGGUAAGCACGUUCACACUAACUGGACUGGUAAGGGUGGUGACGUUUCUGCCUCUACUUAUGAUGCUUAA